GGUCUGAACACCAGAUACUUUACAUUGCUGACGAUAACAAGAUCCGCAGCAUGUAUCCCUUCAACCCCAACUCUGCCUACGAGCCCGCCUUCCAAGGGGACGAAAACGUCCGCAUCGCUGCCAUGGAUGUCUACGUCAAGGGCAACAAGAUCUACUGGACCAACUGGCACACGGGGCGCAUCUCCUGCCGCGAACUGCCGUCCUCUGCUGGCUCCAGCCCCUCCAAUCGCAACCGACGGCAGAUAGAUGGCGGCGUCACCCACCUGAACAUAUCCGGCCUGAAGAUGCCACGGGGCAUUGCCAUCGACUGGGUGGCUGGGAACAUCUACUGGACAGACUCGGGGCGCGACGUCAUCGAAGUGGCACAGAUGAAGGGCGAGAACCGGAAAACGCUGAUCUCGGGCAUGAUUGAUGAGCCCCACGCCAUUGUGGUGGACCCGCUUCGAGGCACGAUGUACUGGUCAGACUGGGGGAACCACCCCAAGAUUGAGACAGCGUCAAUGGACGGGACCCUGAGGGAGACGCUCGUGCAGGACAAUAUCCAGUGGCCAACAGGUCUGGCUGUUGAUUACUACAAUGAGCGCCUGUACUGGGCAGACGCCAAGCUCUCCGUGAUUGGCAGCAUCCGGCUCAACGGCACCGACCCAGUGGUAGCUAUCGACAGCAAGAAAGGGCUAAGCCAUCCGUUCAGCAUCGACAUUUUUGAGGAUUACAUCUAUGGUGUCACCUACAUCAACAACCGCAUCUUUAAGAUCCACAAGUUUGGCCACGGGACCGUCACCAAUCUGACAGCAGGGCUCAACCACGCCACGGACGUGGUACUCUACCACCAGUACAAGCAGCCAGAUGUGGCCAACCCAUGUGACCGGAAGAAGUGUGAAUGGCUCUGUCUCCUGAGUCCCAGUGGCCCUGUGUGUACCUGUCCCAACGGCAGGCGGCUGGACAACGGCACGUGUGUGCUUAUCCCCACACCGACUCUUUCACCUGUUGCUCCGGCCACGGACACGUGUGACCUGGUUUGCCUCAAUGGUGGCAGCUGCUUCCUAAACGCCCGCAAGCAGCCCAAGUGCCGGUGCCAGCCACGCUACAACGGGGACAAAUGCCAGUUUGACCAGUGCUCGAACUACUGUCAGAAUGGGGGCACUUGUGCUGCUUCCCUGUCUGGGAUGCCAACUUGCCGCUGCCCCAACGGCUACACCGGCUCCCAGUGCAACAAGCAGUUGUGCACAGACUACUGCCUCAACAACGGCACCUGCUCCGUCAACCAGGGCAACCAGCCCAACUGCCGCUGCCCAGUUGAGUUCAUCGGCGACAAGUGCCAAUACCGCCAGUGCUUUAACUACUGUGAGAACAACGGCAUCUGCCAGCUGACCAUCUCCGGAACCCGUCAGUGUCGCUGCCUGCCGAAUUACUACGGGGACCGCUGCCAGCACAACAAGUGUGACCGCUGUCUGAAGGGCAACUGCUCCAUCAACAAGCAGAGCGGCAACGUCACCUGCACGUGCCCAGAUGGCAGGAUAGCGCCCAGCUGCCUGACCUGCGACAACUACUGUCAAAACGGGGGCACGUGCACCAUGAAUCCUGAAACCUCGAUGCCAAAAUGCCAGUGCUCGGCAGAAAUGACAGGGGACCAGUGCGAGACGUCUGUGGACAGUGAGCAGCAGAGCAACCGAACGGUCUCCAUCGUCAUCCCGAUCCUCCUCCUGCUGCUCGUGAUCUUGGUGGCCGGAGCUGUGGUCUGGUACAAGAAGCGGAUUAAAGGGGCCAAGGGCUUCCAACACCAGCGCAUGACCAAUGGUGCCAUGAACGUGGAGAUCGGCAACCCCACCUACAAGAUGUACGAGGGGGACCCCGACGCCGAUGACGUGGGGGAGCUGCUAGAUGCCGACUUUGCCCUGGACCCCGACAAGCCCACAAACUUCACAAACCCGGUGUACGCCACACUCUACAUGGGUGCCCACAACAGCCGCAACUCACUAGCCAGCACGGACGAAAAGCGGGAGCUGCUGUCCAGAGGGGCGGAGGACGACCUCGCCUCCCGCGAGCCCACCGCAGGCUCCUACGCCGAGCCGGGCGCCGAGCCCGGACCCGGUCCGAGCCCCAACACCACCCCAGCCGGGACCCCCGCCGCCAGAGAGGGCGCCGGCGCACCCCAUAGCGCCCUACCCGGCCGCUCCCUUCAAUCUGCUGAACUGGCCCGCGAUGCCGGCAAUGCCGCCGCAGGGGCCAUGGCCGACAGCACCUGCGUGGGCGGCGGCGGCGACGGCGGCCCCGACGCAUCAAGGGCCGCCCCAGCUACUGCAGGCUCAGAUGGAGGUUACAGAGAAGCCAAGGUCGUCGACCUCAGCGAACCUGGAUUCCAGAGGAUUCAGGAAACCUACCAGACCUUUUCGCCAUUCCCCGAUUGCUUCGAGGACGUGAUACGAGAAGACCAGGGCCGCUGGGCCCUUCCGUCUGGCGGCUCCGCGGAAGGCGACUCGCGAGGCGGAGACCGUGGGAAUAGAGCCUCGCCGCCAAUUCGGAUCGUCUCGCCGCGGAGGCGGCUCGGUGGGACUCCGGGUCAGGGCGGGCUCUCGGUGCUCGCGCCGCUUUGCGCUGGGAACGAAAAGGGGAGGGAAAAGGCGAGCGAGAGCCUGGACUGGCCGGUGCGAUGCGGGUCUUUCCGGGCGCUCCGACGAAGCCUCAUUGUGCCUGACUUUCCCCGAUGUGAAAACCGAGCCAACUCUUCUCUGUGCCGGGAGAGGCCUUCCCGCAAGGCUGGAGGCCCGUCUGUCUGCUAA